UAUAUCAUACACAAUGUCUUUCUUACUUUCUUUCACUUCUUUUCUUUUCACUUUAGUUAUGUGUUUGUUCAUUUCUAAAUGCCAAGAUGAAGUUAAUGCUAGCAAGAUCACAUCAAAAUUAGUGAUUAAUGCUGAUUCUGGAAGACUUAUUCCAGACACAUUUUUAGGAGCAUUCUUUGAAGAGAUUAAUCAUGCCGGAGCUGGAGGAUUGUGGGCAGAACUUGUGAAUAAUAGAGAUACAAUUGGAGUGUGGGAAGAGAGACCUGGCCACUAUAAUGAUGUAUGGGCGUAUUGGACUGACGAUGGAUUUGGUUAUUUUGAAGGGCUUCAAUUAUCAGAGGAUCUUGGUGCAAUGCCAAUAUGGGUGUUUAAUAAUGGUAUUAGCCGUAAAGAAGAAGUAAAUACGUCUGCAAUUUCACCAUUUGUGAAAGACGCCUUAGAUGGUAUUGAGUUUGCUAGAGGUUCUUCCACAUCAAAAUGGGGUUCUCUUAGAGCUUCCAUGGGACAUUCAAAACCAUUUGAUUUGAGAUAUGUUGCAAUUGGAAAUGAAGAAUGUGAUAAAUAUAGCUAUCAAGAAAAUUAUCUCAAAUUCUAUGAAGCUAUAAAGCAUGAUUAUCCUGAUAUUCAGAUUAUUUCAAAUUGUGAUGGUUCUAAAUAUCCGCUAAAUCAUCCUGCAGAUCUUUAUGAUUUUCAUAUUUAUACAAAUUCAAAGGACAUGUUUUUCCAUUAUACCAAGUUUGAUAAAGCACCACGAUCCGGUCCAAAGGCAUUUGUUAGUGAGUAUGCUGUUUGGCAGGAAGAUGCAGCUAAUGGAACUCUUUAUGCAGCCUUGGCUGAGGCUGCAUUUCUGAUUGGACUUGAAAAGAAUAGUGAUGUUGUCAGCAUGGUUGCUUAUGCACCUCUCUUUGUUAACACAAACGACAAGCAUUGGAUACCGGAUGCAAUUGUAUUUAACUCUUAUCAAAAUUAUGGAACUCCAAGUUAUUGGCUCCAACAUUUUUUUAUUGAUUCUAGUGGAGCAACUUUUCUUAAUUCAACUCUCCACCAAUCUUCUAGCUCAAUUGUUGCCUCUACAAUUCAGUAUAAAAAUUUUCAAGAUGGAAAAAAUUAUCUAAAAGUCAAGGUGGUAAACUUUGGAAAUUCAAUUGAAAAUUUAAAGAUUUUGAUAGAAAAUUUAAAAUCAAAUGUGCAACCAUCAGGUUCAUCAAUGGUUGUGCUUACAUCCUUGAAUAAAAUGGAUGAAAAUUCUUUCUACGAGCCAACAAAGAUUGUACCCGAAAAAGCUUCACUUGAAAAUGCAAGCAAUGCCAUGAAUGUUAAACUUCAUCCAUAUUCAGUUACAUCAUUUGAUUUAUUAAUUUAAAACACUAUAUAUGAUGUAAUGUUUCUUUUAUUUCUUAGAAUGAAUGAAUGGAAGAAAUGCAUAUAUUUCUAU